CUGAGGGACAGUGGACCGGUCCCCUGCUGAAAAAGUUUGCUGACCCCUGGUCUAAGCCCUCACUGUAGAAAGAGGUGUAGACUUGGCCAAGUCUACAUCCAUCAGCUAUAAAAACUCUCAAGACUCUGGACAUAUUACUUCUUAGAGAUCUGUGGUAAUGAAGGCCCUGAACCUUGCCUUCCUCUGCCUACUCAUUUUAGCAUCCGAGUCCAAAAAGUAUCUAAAAUGCGAGCUGCAAGAUGAAUUAAUAAGACGAGGACUGGAUGGUUACCACGACAUUGGAGUAGGACACUGGUUGUGUUUGGUCCUGUUCGCAAGUCAGUUUGACACGCAACACUAUGAGUACACAGAUGGCCAUCCAUACUAUGGAAUAUUUUAUUUGAGUGGUCUGUUGUGGUGUGACAAUGGAAAGCAUCCCACAAAAAACCUAUGCAGUAUUGACUGUGAGAAGUUUCUGGAUGACAAUAUCGCAGAUGAUGUUGAGUGUGCAAAGAAAGUUUCUGCAAGCAAGAAUGGGAUGUUAGCUUGGAAGCCCUUUGAAGAAUAUUGCCUACAUCCUAUGCCUUCCAUACUCUAUUGGGAAUGCAAUAAGCCUUGAAAUACAGGCAUCCAUUUAUUAUUACCGUAUUUUCACCACAAGCUGUUCUGAUUGGAUAGGGUAGUUAGUGGUACUACAUCCUGCAUCAGCUAACUGAUGAAGGCGGCAGGCCUAAAACUGGAGGACCAUUUGAUCAAAUGACAGGAUAAUCUUCAAAAUUAACAAACACCUCUUUUUUUCUUUUUUUUUUAAAGAGAAUCUUCCUGAAACCCACAACAUGGAUGAAUCCUAUAAACGUGUCUCAAUUGAUUCCAUUCAGACAAAGAUUAUAUGAAAAUAUUACAUCAGAAUCAAGUCAAUAUAGAUAGCAUCGAGUACUCUUCUGAACUUGGGGAAAAAACCAUUGG